AGCAGGUGCAGAGAGCAAGAGAGAGAGAGCAUGUGCAGAGAGCAAGAGAGAGAGAGAGAGCAGGUGCAGAGAGCAAGAGAGAGAGAGAGCAGGUGCAGAGAGGAGAGCAGGUGCAGAGAGCGAGAGAGAGAGCAGGUGCAGAAAGAGAGAGAGCAGCAUAAAGCUUUGGCUCCUGUGUUGAUUAUCUUGCGACACCAGCAAUAUUUUACUCUGUGGAUUCUUGGCGAUAUUUCAUGGGAAUAA